CAGUCUUCAUGCGGUUAUGUCAAGCUAAUUGUGCGGCGAAGUUUGGAUUUACGCAUUUAUAUCGGUUUUCGCCUGUGGAAUUUUGGGCCUGGUUGGCGUAGCGAUCAUUCCUUUUAUGGAUUCUCGGUACUAUAAGUACAUUAUCCAAUAUUUGGUGGCACUGGCUGUUGGAACAAUGACCGGUGAUGCGCUGUUGCAUUUACUACCGCAUUCUUUGGCUGGACAGAGUGAGCAAAAUAUGAUACUUAAGGGACUCGCUUGCAUGAGCGGCAUCGUCUUCUUUUACAUAACAGAACACGGCCUUACCAUGAUAUCAGAGUGGCGCAAACGCAUAGCCAAGAGUGAUACGAAACAGCAAUCGCGCGCAAAGGUGGUACGUGAUCCCGAUUCUUCGGUCAAUAACUCAGUCGCUGGCGAUAAAGUUUGCAAAUCAAAAUACAGCUCUUAUCCUUACUGUUACGAUGAGAUUGCCAUGGACACGAAGAACGACAUGCACCUGCCCGGCUCUAAGUUGAAUAACAUAUCUGAUUUGUCUAGUGAUUUAAUGGGUGUUGGCAAUAAUGUGGAGCGCAAACGCAACGGCAAAGCUGACGCAGACGGAAACGAAGCGGUGGCACAGUCGCUAAUACCUGUGUGGCACCACAACCAUCAAGAUCACCAUCAGCAUCAGCAACAACAGCAUCAGCACCACAUUCAUCUGCCCGACAGCAAUACAAUCUCCACAGAUUUGGAUGGUCAUUCUAUGGGAGGAACGGACGGGCAUAGUCACUCCCUUACCUACAAUCCAACGGUGGCAACUAAUGGAAAUGCCAAAGAGCGUUCUUUGACCAGUGAUUCGGUGCCGACUGUCAUAUUGCGCGAGCAUGAAUCUUCGCAUCAUGGACACAGUCAUAAACACGGACACGUACACUCGCCUCCGGAAUCAUUGAGCGCCGUUGUCUGGAUGAUAAUCAUGGGCGAUGGCUUACACAACUUCACCGAUGGCAUGGCAAUAGGCGCUGCAUUUGCAGAGAAUAUUGCCGGUGGCUUCUCGACAUCGCUGGCGGUGUUUUGCCAUGAGCUGCCACACGAACUGGGUGACUUUGCGAUCCUUAUAAAAGCCGGCAUGUCCAUCAAAACAGCGGUAUAUUACAAUUUGUUGACGAGUGUGCUUAGUUUCAUCGGCAUGAUAUUCGGUAUUGUUUUCGGUCAAUCGCCGAACAUAGCACAAUGGAUGUUUGCUAUUGCGUCUGGUCUCUUCAUCUAUAUUGCGCUGGUGGACAUGAUGCCGGAACUGUCAUCAGCUCACAAGACUCUGGAACAAUUUGUGCUGCAAAUACUCGGAAUAUGCACUGGUGUAUUCAUAAUGCUUUUAAUUGCGCUGUACGAAGGAGAUCUAAUGAGCCUGUUUUCUUCAUCGUCAUCAGCAGCGUCGACCACCUCGGGCCAACAACAUAAUCAUUAGUCGGGGGCCCAAAACAUUUUGGAAUGUGUUGAAGUAAAGUAAAGAGAAAACUCACAAGCCGCCACACAUAUAAAUACAUAAACGUACGCACAUUGAUUGCAAAAAGCUCACAAUAAUUCGAUAAUUUACAUACCUACAUACAUACAUGUUUUAACCACUCGCACGCAAAUACUGUACAUGUAUGAUAUAUUGAUUGAUGUUUACAUAUACAUACAUAUUUAAACGUCUGAUUAAGCUACGGCAUGGCCAAGCUAUAUUGUGAACUUUCCGCAUGAUGCCGAUGUUGAAUUGAAUUGAAAAUGUUUCUCGCACCAAGGUCAACAUUUUUCGGCUUUGUGUGUGUGGUAAAUAGCCCAUUUUUAUUAAUACUUUAUAGCGAUAAUGUCAUAAAAGCAAGUGAAUAACUUUAGUCGUAAGCCAAUGAGAAAGUAGUUGAUUAAAAUCAAUUGAAAAAUAAACUGUGGAAUUUAAUAUUUUUCUGCUCUAUGCUAAGAUAUGUAAAUUGUGGUGCUGCAUUCCUCAUGCAUGCAUAUAUGACUACAAAUAUUUAUAUGUAGUAUAUGUAUACAAUUAAGGUGCGCAACUACAUUUGAAAAUGUAUUUUGUUUAAAAUUGCCAGAAAGAAGGUCGAGAGAAUCUUUAGCCGAAUAUAAUUCAAAGCUCGGAAAAUAACGUAGUAGUAAAGCAAUUGAAAUGAAGUUUAUUAUUCACACAAUUAAGUUGCAAAGUAAAAUUCACUAGUUAUUACAUUUUGUAUACUUUUUGUACACAAACACAAAAAAAAAGGAAAGAAAAUUAUAACGGUGUAAUAAACGGACAUUGCAAUAUCCAGUAGAUAUUUCAAAAGUUGUUAUUGAGAGCACAUAAAUACAUACAUAAUUUGUACUAUUAGUGAUACUGAUAACCCUAAUAUUAUUAAAGCAGGGAUCAUAUGAAUUGCACAUUUACACAGAUACAGAGUGAUGCUGUAUGGAAAGUUGCUAUCGAGCUUAAUUCAUUAUUUCUAGACAACACCACUCCGUAACUGCCAAAAUGUACAAAUCGUGUGUGAUCUCUGCUUAACAAUGAACAACAGUAGUAAAAAAAAAAUCACGUAUAUUACAUAGCACUCAAUUAUAAGUACAUUGUAAAUCUACAAAAAAAGCCUAAGUUCAAUUCGUAGAGUAUUAAUUAUAUUUUAUGUAAAUAUUUUUCAAAAAAUAAUUAAUGCCAAUUCUUUUCGUGCGCCAUUGGGGAAAAUUUAGUAUCAGUUGCAUUUUUAGAAAUCACUAUAAUUUAGCGAACAAUGUUUAUUUCCAAUACAAGUGGUUUUCGAUCUGCUUAAUUUUUGGGAAAACAGCACGCCUGCAUUUUUUCAUAACUUCUUCACUCAACAGUUUACACGUCAUUUAUUUCAAUAAACACAUAGUAUCGUACUUUUUAAAAUUAAUUUUGUACUUAACUCGAUUCUCAGUUUUUUUUUUUUGAUGAUUAAGUAUUCGUAUUAGUUGUAGUUAAGUUACGAUUUUAAGAAGUUAAACUUGCACGCGUACAUAUAUCGUUUUGCAAGGCUAUGUUUGUUAAAUAAACGCAAACAUUUACACAUACAUAUAAUAAAAUCAAGCAAUACGGCAGCUCACUUAAGCGUAAAAGGUUAAAUAAAAGCAGUUUUACUUUCAUAUUUUAUAAUA